GCAAUAGAAGGAUUUAUUAUACAAAUAUUUUCUAUUUGUCUCUUAUAAUUAUUCAGAUAUCAAAAAUGUUUUCAAUUAAUUUAGUAGUUUUGGAUAGUUAUCAAUCAACUCCACUAUCAGAAUUAGAUGUAACAUUUUCAGAUUUUCGAGGAAAUGAAAUUAAACAAGUCCCAAUUAUCAGAAUAUUUGGAUCUACUUUAUCUGGAAUAAAAACAUGUUUACAUGUACAUGGAGUAUUUCCAUAUAUAUAUAUACCAUGUACAAUAAAUAACAAUGUUGAUAGCUUUAUGUAUAAAUUAGCAGCAGGAAUAGAUUCUGCAAUAAAUGUAUCUUUGGGAUCUGCAAUGUCUAAUAUUCAACAUGUUUAUAAAAUUCAACAAGUUUAUGGAAUUCCUCUUUAUGGAUAUCAUGAGAAGAAACAUUUAUUUUUUAAAAUUUAUUUUUAUAAUCCAGCUAUGGUUAAACGAGCAGCUGAUUUACUGCAAAAUGGUAUGGUACUUAAUCAAAGUUUACAACCACAUGAAGCACAUAUACCUUUUAUUUUACAAUUUAUGAUUGAUUAUAAUCUUUAUGGUAUGAGUUUAAUAAACUUGAAAAAUGUUAAAUUUAGACAAUAUACACAUAUGAAAGAAAAUUCUCAAAAUGAAAAUUCAUUAAAUUCAUUUGAUUCACAAAAAUAUCUUCCUUCAUCUGUUUUAAAACAAACUACUUGUAAAUUAGAAGUAGAUGCACAAGCAAGUGAAAUAUUGAAUAAACAAGAAAUUCAAAAUGGUUUUGAUUUAAAUCCUGGUCUUGCAGCCAUUUGGAAUGAAGAAAAAUAUAGAAGAGAAGCAAAAGGAUUACAGAAUAUUGAAUCACAAUUUUUAUAUUCCAAUACUAAUGAGAGAAUUUAUAAUGUAACAGAAAAUGAUAUUUAUCAAGAAGAAAGGUUUAUAAAAAGAUUACAAUCUAUAUCAGAGAUCAGUGAUGAUAUAAUAUCAAAAGAAUAUAGUUAUCCUUUAGAAUUAGAAAAUGAAGAUAAUUCAUUUAGUGCUUCAUAUGUUCCUAAUCAUUUUAAAUCAAUAGUAUUAAAUAAGGAAAAUAAAAAUGAAAUACUUUUAAAUAAUGAUUUAUUAAAACUUAAAAAAUCUGAAAUAAGAGAAAAUUUAUCUCAAGAUAAAAUAAUAGAAAAUAGUAUUUUGGAUUUAGAAGAUAUGUAUUUGCUUGAAAUAUUAAAUAAUUUAAUAGAAGAAAAUGAAGAAGAAAAGAUUAUAGAUAAUGAUAGUAUGUUAGGUUCUCAAUUUUCUAUGUUAAACAACGAAAUUAAGGAUGAUAAUGAAGAUGAUGAGAUUGAAAAUUUAAAUAUUACAAGUUUAGAUUUGAAUAAUAUUGAUUCAUGGAAUUCAAUUGUUGAAUUUGGAACUAAGAUCGAAGAUAAGAAAACAGAUUACAUAACUGAAAAUAAUAUUGAAAAUAAUAUUGAAAAUACUAUUUCAACAGAUCUUCCUCAGUAUGAUGGUUCAAGUGAUUUAAUUUUAAAAAAUGAAAAACAAUUAUUAUCGAAAUUUACUAAAAAUAAAAUGAAAAAAGAAAAAAAAGUAUGCACAAAAUCAAAGAAAUUUAUAUUGCAUUUUAAUAAAAAUAUAGUAUUAAAUGAAUUUGAAAGUAAACAUAGAAAAUUAGUGCAAACUGAAAAAAAGCUAUUCUAUUACAAAGAUUUAAAUAUAUAUAAAUUAGAUCAUCAAGAUUUAGAUGUUUAUGAUAUUGAUGAAAUAUUUGAACAUAAAUUAAUAUUAUAUAAAUAUUUAAAAAACCCAAUAAAUUUUGAGAAAAAAUCUAAUCCAAUUAGUCAUGAAUCAUAUCAUACUAUAAAUAGUAUUUUAAAUAAAUUAAAUAUACCAGCAUUUGAUGGUAAUACAAUUGAUAGUUCUAGUGAUUCUGAAUCAGAUAAGAAUAUUACUAUUAACAGAGAAGAAAAACGUAUUUGUGUUUAUAAACCAUGUAUAAAAUCUAAAAGUGACAAAACUAUUGAUAAUAUUUCAGCAAAAAAACGAAAAUUUAAAUUGGAAGAUUCUAGUUUGCAAUCUAUACAUAAACGAUGUAAUUUACAAAAUGAAUCACAUUGUACUCCAACAAAAAUAAAAACUGUACAUAGUCCAUGUUCUGUUUCAAAAAAAUAUUCUCCACUUAAUAUAAAAAUAAUAUCUCCAAAAAUAGAUAAAAAUAUUAAAAAUAACGAAUUUUGUAAUUUAAAAUCUACCUAUAAUACUUUGAAACAAAAUAAUCAACAGUUGAAAAUGAAUCUAUUUCAUGAAAAAAUAAAUAUUACUUCAGAGACAAAUCAAGCAUUCCUAACACAUAAUGAAAUUUUAAAUAUUAAUAAAACAAUUAUUUUUAAAGAACAUAAAGACAGCAAUAUGUAUGAAGAAUUAAUUGAAAAAAAAGAUAGAGUAUCAACAACAAAAUGUAAAAAGGAAUUUAUUACUAAAAAUAACAAAGCAGUUUGUAAAAGAUUAACUUUUGUAAAUAUUAAUGAAAAAGAUAUUAAUGAAAAAGAUAUCGUAAAGAAUGAUAUGAAUUUCGAAAAUUUAUCUUUAACAGAAAAAAUGAUUAAUGAUAUUGAUCAAAUCAAUGAUCUUACUAAUAAUUCAAUAAUAAUUCAUCCCGAACAUUCUAAGUUAUACACAAAAAAUAAUGAAAAAAUGAAUUAUGAAUUUAAUUUUCCAAGUACAUCAAAAAAUAAUAUAAAUUUAAAUGUAGAUAAUAUUUCAAAUAAAAUAUCAUUGAUAAAUAAAAAUACAGACGAAAAUGAAGAUGAUAUUUUUUGUAAUAUGACAUAUACUCAAUAUCUUAAUAAAAAAUUAGAAGUGGAAUUAGAUAUUUCAAAUAUUAUAUCACGUGAUAGUACAAGUGAUAUAAAAACUAGAUUAAUUAUCAUUACUACUAAAUUUAAUCCACCAAGUAGAGAAAAGAUUAUAAACUCUAUGAAAAUGUAUGAUAUUUUAAAAUUAAAAAACAAUGCAUUAUUCUUUAGUAAUAAAAUUGAUUUGAUGAAGUAUAGAGAAAAAGAAAGUUUAAAUAAUAGUAAUAUUUACAAUGUAAUUUCAUUUAAAUGUAAUUUAGACAAAGUUACAGGGAUUAAACUCUGGCAACGAGUAAAAAUAAACGAAUUUUAUCCUUCUGGUUCAAGUAUAAAAUCUUGUGACAUAAAAAGAAUUUUAGCUGGAUAUAAUUCAUUAAUAAUUCAUCCCCUUAUUCAUCCACCGACAUCGAGAAAUGUUAAAACUUGGUUAAAAGCUAAAAAAUAUUUAUCAAAAAAAAAUAAAUAUAAAAAAAUAAGUGAUUAUAUUGAUAUUCUAAAAGACACAAAAGAAAAUAACAUUAAAGAAACAUUUAAUGAAAGUAUGAAAUAUCAUUCACAAUGUUCUAAUAAUUUGGAGAAUUCAGAUGAAUCUAAUAAUAGUUUUAAUCCUUCCUUACAAGAAAUGCUUGAAAAUCCAUUAUUAUAUAUGAAUGAUACGCGAUAUUUAGGCAUUUCAUAUGGACAAAUUGAAUAUAAUUUGAAAGAAUAUAGUAAUAAUGUAGAAAAAGAAAAUCGUCAAACUGCUAAAAGCUUAAAUAUGCACCAAUAUUUAACAAUAUUAGCAAUAGAAAUACAUGUUAUUACGCGUGGUAAAUUUCUUCCUGAUCCAAAUCAUGAUUCAAUUGAAGCAAUAUUUUAUGCUAUUUAUAAUGAUGUUCCAUUAUCUUCAAAAAUUGAACAAAUAGAACAUGGCGUUAUUCUUUUAAAUUCAUCUAUAAAAAAUUCAAAAGUAAAAAAUAUAUAUUCUAGUAAUACAUGUACUACAUCUUAUGUAUCAAGUGAAGAAGAUUUAUUAAAUAGUCUUAUAAUAUUAAUUAGACAUUAUGAUCCAGAUAUUUUAGUUGGUUGGGAGAUAGAAUUUCUUUCAUGGGGAUAUAUCUUUCACAGAGCUUCUCAUAUUGGUUUGAAUAAUUUUAUAUGGCAAAUUUCAAGGAUUUCAAAUGCAAUUCCAAUAUUUAAAGGACAAGCAUUUAAUAAAGAUAAUUUUAGUGAUACACAAAUACCAGGUCGAAUUAUUUUUGACGUUUGGAGAGUAAUGCGACAUGAAAUAGCAUUAUUAAAUUAUACAUUUGAAAAUGUUAUGUAUAAUGUUAUGCAUGAAAGAAUUUCAUGUCCUACCUUUCAAAUGUUAUCUGAAUGGUGGAAUCAUGAAAAUAUGACUAUGCAAUGGAGAGUUAUUACUCAUUAUAUUAUAAGAGUUAUAGGUACUCUGAGAAUAUUAAUUCAUCUUGAUAUUAUUGGUCAAACAUGUGAACAUGCACGACUUUUUGGAAUACAAUUUUAUGAAGUCUUUUCUAGAGGUUCUCAGUUUCGAGUUGAGUCAAUGAUGUUGAGACUUGCAAAACCUUUAAAUUAUAUUGCAGUUUCACCUUCUGUACAACAAAGAGCACGAAUGCGUGCACCUGAAUCUCUACCGCUUAUUAUGGAACCACAGUCUGCAUUCUAUACUGAUCCAUUGGUUGUCCUGGAUUUUCAAAGUUUAUAUCCGAGUAUUAUUAUAGCUUAUAACUAUUGCUUUUCUACAUGUUUAGGUCGUAUAGAGCAUAUUGGUCAAUAUGAGCCAUAUGAGUUUGGUACAACUACAUUAAAGAUAAAGAAGAAUAUUGCUCAAAAACUAGUGGGUAAAAUAAAUUUUGCACCUUGUGGUGUAGCUUUUGUAAAACCAGAAAUACGAAUGGGAAUAUUACCACGUAUGCUUUCAGAAAUUUUAAAUACUCGAUUAAUGAUAAAAAAAUCCAUGAAACUUUAUGAAAGUGAUAAUAAUAUAUUACAACGUAUUCUUUAUUCACAACAAUUAGGUCUUAAAUUAAUUGCAAAUGUUACUUAUGGUUAUACAGCUGCUAAUUUUAGUGGUAGAAUGCCUUGUAUUGAAAUAGGAGAUAGUGUUGUUAGUAAAGGAAGAGAAACAUUAGAACGAGCAAUUAAAAUAGUAGAAUCUACAGAUAAAUGGGGAGCUGAAGUUGUUUAUGGUGACACAGACUCUUUGUUCAUUCUUUUACGUGGAAAAUCAAGAAAAGAUGCAUUUAUAAUUGGAACUGAAAUUGCUGAUACUAUUACUGCAGCUAAUCCUCCUCCUGUAAAACUCAAAUUUGAAAAAAUUUUGCAACCAGCAAUAUUACAAACUAAAAAAAGAUACUGUGGUUAUAUGUAUGAAUCUCCAGAACAAACAAAUCCUGAAUAUUUAGCAAAAGGAAUUGAAACUGUUCGUAGAGAUGGUUGUCCAGCUGUAUCUAAAAUACUUGAAAAAACGUUAAAAAUUUUAUUUGAUAUAAAGGAUCUUUCUAUGGUAAAAUUAUAUGUUACCAGACAAUUUGAUAAAAUUUUACGUCAAAGAAUAUCUAUUCAAGAUUUAACGUUUGCAAAGGAAUUUCGUGGCUUGAAUGGUUAUAAAACUAAUGCUUGUGUACCUGCUUUAGAAUUAACACGAAGAUUAAUGCGUAAAGAUCCACGAGCAAUACCUCGUACUGGUGAAAGAGUUCGAUACGUUAUAGUUGCUGGAGCCCCAAAUCAACCUUUAAUUCAAUGUGUGCGAACUCCAAUGGAAGUAAUUUCAGAUGAAGGUUUAAAUCCAAAUUCAAUAUAUUAUAUAACAAAAGUUAUCAUACCACCUCUUAAUCGAUGUUUAAAUUUAAUCAACAUUGAUGUUAAUACAUGGUAUAGAGAAAUGAUCCAUCGUCAGACAUCUGAUAAAACAAUUGGUUUAUGUACAAAUAAUCAAAAAUUAACUAUUCGGCAAUUUUUUAAUACUAUUGUAUGCGUUACUUGUGGAAAUCAAACGCAAAAAGAUAUUUGCAUGAAUUGUAUAGCAAAACCAAGUCAGACAAUUACUAUUUUAUAUGAAAAAUUAAGAUGGUUGGAACGUACUCAUCAUGAACUUACUAUGAUGUGUCAAUCUUGUACUGGUUAUUUAGAUGAACCAAAAUGUGAAUCUUUAGAUUGUCCAAUUUUAUAUCGUUUAAUGCAAGCUAAAAGAGAUCUCAUUCAAAUAACAUAUUUGAAUAAUAUUAUUUAUAAUAGUGAUAUUUCUUGUAUACAUAAAAAAAAUAUAAACUAAUGAUUGUUAUCUUAUCAA